AUGGUCCUGGUGCCCAACAGCACGGAGGUGGUGGGGGCCGGCGACGCAGCGCGCGCAGAGCCGGAGCGGUCGCCCUGUGUGGUGGGCAUCGUCCCCGUCGUGUACUACAGCCUCCUGCUGGGGCUGGGGCUGCCAGUGAAUGUCCUGACAGCCAUGGCCCUGUCCCGCCUGGCCACGAGGACCAAGAAGUCAUCAUACUGGUACCUGCUGGCCCUGACCACCUCCGACAUCCUCACUCAGGUCUUCAUCAUCUUCGUGGGCUUCAUCCUGCAGACAGCCAUUCUGGCCCGAGCGGUGCCCAGUGCCUUCAUCCAUACCGUCAACGUGCUGGAGUUCACAGCCAACCACACCUCUGUCUGGGUCACCGUCCUGCUGACUGCAGACCGCUACAUGGCUCUGUGCCACCCACUGCGCUACCGCACCGUCUCCUACCCCCAGCGCACCCGCAAGAUCAUCGCAGCCGUCUUUGCUGUGGCUCUGGCCACGGGCAUCCCCUUCUACUGGUGGCUGGACAUGUGGCGUGAUGCCGACCCCCCUACUGUCCUGGACAAGGUGCUCAAGUGGGUCCACUGUGUCACCAUCUAUUUCCUGCCCUGUAGCAUCUUCUUGGCCACCAACUCCAUCAUCAUCUUCAAGCUGAAGCAGCGGAGAUGCUCAGGGGGCCGCCGGCCUUAUGUAGGCAGGACCACGGCCCUCCUUCUGGCUGUCACCACCAUCUUCAUGGUGCUCUGGGCACCCCGGACAAUCGUCAUGAUCUGCCACCUCUAUGUGGCCUCAGUCAAGAAGGACUGGCGCGUGCACUUGGCUUUGGACAUUGCCAACAUGGUGGCCAUGCUCAGCACCACCCUCAACUUCUUACUCUACUGCUUUGUCAGCAAGACCUUCCGCCGCAUAGUGGGCGAGGUGCUCCGGACACACAUCCGCCACAGCCCCCGGCCCAGGAACAGCCCCUUCCCACCCCUGGCCCUGAAGCCGCUGGAGCUGCUUCGUGGCACAGCCCUGCGCGCACGGUGCCGCCGGCCCGGGGCUCGCCCGCCGGCGCGGCACGGCGCGGCUCGGCGCGGCUCACUGCAGCUCGGCUCGGCGGAGCGGCUGCGGCACCGGGCGCUGGAGCCGGUGAGUGGGGCCCCCGGGGGCUGCAGGGACCGGGACCCGGACCCGGACUCGGGCCCGUCCGCCCCCGCGGACUCACUCGGACGGAAAGUUGGGGAAGGCGCUGAGCAAGUUUGGCGGCAGGCUCUCCGGGGCUCCCGCUCGGCGCCCGGCCCACGGUGCAGGAUGGGGACGGUGCUGGCGGCCACGUGCGUCCUGCUGGCCCUGCUCCCGGCGUGCCGCGCUCAGACCAGCCCUCCGCUGGGGUGCGGCCAGGACCUCUCCUCCCUCUACUACAAUCUCUGCGACCUCUCCGCAGCCUGGGGCAUCGUGCUGGAGGCUGUGGCCAGCCUCGGCGUGGUGACUAGCUUCGUGCUCACCAUCAUCCUGGUGGCCAGCCUCCCCUUCGUGCAGGACCCGCAGAGGAAGAGCCUGGUGGCCACGCAGGUGGUCUUUCUCCUGGGCACCUUCGGGCUCUUCUGCCUGACCUUCGACUUCAUUGUGGGGCCGAACUUCUCCACCUGCACCUCCCGCCGCUUCCUCUUCGGCGUCCUCUUCGGGAUCUGCUUCUCUUGCCUGCUGGCGCACGCCCUGGCGCUCAACUUCCUGGCACGGAGGAACCGGGGGCCGCGGGGUUGGGUGACGCUGGCAGUGGCCCUGCUGCUGGCCCUGGUGGAGGUCAUCAUCAACACCGAGUGGCUCAUCAUCACCGUGGUGCGGCAGGAGGGUGUCUCGCCGGACCCCUGCCAGGUAAUGGAUGCUGACUUCGUCAUGGCGCUCAUCUACGUGAUGUUCCUGCUGGUGGCCGCCUUCGGCACCGCCUGGCUGGCCCUCUGCGGCCGCUACACGCACUGGAGGAAGCACAGCGUCUUCAUCCUGGCCACCACCAGCCUCUCCGUGGCCAUCUGGGUGACUUGGACGGCCAUGUAUCUCUACGGGAACCAGCACGUGGGCAAGAAGCCCAGGUGGGAUGACCCCACGCUGGCCAUCACCCUGGUCUCCAACGCCUGCACCUUCAUCUUCCUCUACGUCAUCCCCGAGGUGACGCACGUGACGCGGCGGGGCCCCGAGCAGGCCUACGAGGACGACGUCUACCCGACCCGCGGGGUGGGCUACGAGACCAUCCUCAAGGAGCAGAAGUCACAGAGCAUGUUUGUGGAGAACAAGGCCUUCUCCAUGGACGAGCCGUCCUUCACCAAGAAGCCGGUGUCGCCGUACAGCGGGUACAACGGGCAGCUGCUGACCAGCGUGUACCAGCCCACCGAGAUGGCCCUGAUGCACAAGGGGCCCGCCGAGGGCCCCUACGACGUGAUCCUGCCCCGCGCCAGCGCCGCGAGCCCGGCGAUGGGCAGCACCAGCUCCACGCUGCGCGCCGAGGACGCCUUCUCGGCGCAGGCCCGGCACGCCGCCGCCAGCCCGCACGACGGCAGGAGCAACCAGGUGCCGUCUGCCUACGGCAGGAACCGGUGGUGACGGCCCCACGCCGGCCCCGUCCUCCGGGGGCUCCCGCAGCCUCGCGCUCCCGCACCUCGCCCGGAGCCGACCCCCGAGCCGGGGCCGCCCGGCGGCCUCUCCGUCCUGCCCGGAGCCUCGUCCCCCGGAGGCCACCGCUGCCACCGCCCCCCGCUGCCGUCCCUGCCACCCGGCUGCGCCGCCUUCGCCGCGCACGGACAGCCCCAGCCCCUCCGCGCCCCGGGGACGAUCUGCCGCCGGCAGCCGGACCGCCGCGCCGGGCCCCGGAGCCACCGCCAAGCUCUCCCGGCCCUGGCUCCCGCCGUGCCUCAGUUUCCCCCGGACCUCUGGGCUCUCUCCCACCCCCACCCCAGUGCCGUUCCCGGGAAUCGGUGCUCCGUGAGCCGGGAGAGGCCGGCACGCGGCGGCCCCUCCGCGCGGCUCUGCCUUCUUGGUGCCUUCCCUCCUCCCGCGGAGCCGGCGGCCCGGGAGCGGGUCCGCUCGGGGGUCCCCGGCUCCAUCGCCGCUGGGUGCCCUCCCUCCGCGUGGCUUUCCCUCUGGGUUUUGUUUUUUCCCCCUCCCUCAUUUUUUCAGGUCAGAUCCAAUAAAGCUGUUUUUCUUUUU